AUUGGAAACAGCAUAGAAUACAACCGCGCCUCGUAAUAAUUAAUCUAAUGAUGGAGGUAAUUAAUGAAGCGAUAAAUUCUCAGCUGCGGCGCACGACUCCUUCAAUAUACAAACGCGUUAUAUUUGUUUCUUUUGAUGUGAAAAUAAAAGCGGUAUUUUAUGGUGUGUGUGUGUGUAUGCAAGCAAGCGAUGGUCUCCGAUUGCAAAGGUUUGACUCUCCUGGCCUUGCUCCUGGGAUGUAAGCAAAUCGGUGUCCCGGGAUUAGGCACCAUGGAGGGACAGAGCUCUUACACUAAACCCGCCCUCCGGAGGAAUCUCAUUUCCCCCCUCAAAAAAAAAAAAAAAAAAAACCUCCCAUUUUUCUCUCCCUCACAUUCCUCCUGCUCUCCUUUCCUCUCCAUUUCUCCUCUGUCCCAAGCCUUCCCCGGCGCUAAACCAUGGACGUGAAGACGAGAAGCCUGCUUCUGCUUUUAAGUCUCCCGGUCGUGGUGGCGUUGGGUCCGGGUUUGGACUCGGUGGAACUCGGCUAUGAAGUGGAAAUCGAAGACAGUUCGGAGGAGAUCAAUUACAAGGAUCCUUGCAAAGCUGCUGCCUUUCUGGGAGACAUUGCCCUCGACGAGGAGGAUCUGAAAAUGUUCCGCGUGGAGAGAAUUGCAGAUCUCUCCCAACGCGCCAGGGUACACAACUCCAGCGGGCCUGGAGCCAAUGAAACCAAACGCUACCUCAUACGGGAGAGGCGGAGCCAGAGCAGAGCCUUGGGACGUAUGAAGAGGGCAGCGACCUCCCGCCCAGAAAGGGUGUGGCCAGAGGGAGUCAUCCCUUACGUCAUCAGUGGCAACUUCAGUGGCAAUCAGAGAGCCAUCUUCAGACAGGCCAUGCGACACUGGGAAAAACACACCUGCGUGACUUUCAUUGAGAGAACGGAUGAGGAGAGCUACAUUGUCUUCACAUACCGACCUUGUGGGUGCUGUUCCUACGUCGGUCGAAGAGGGGGCGGCCCCCAGGCCAUCUCUAUCGGGAAGAACUGUGACAAGUUCGGGAUCGUCGUGCAUGAGCUGGGUCACGUGAUCGGCUUCUGGCACGAGCACACGCGCCCGGACCGCGACGACCACGUGAGCAUCGUGCGAGAGAACAUCCAGCCAGGACAGGAGUAUAACUUCUUGAAGAUGGAGCCGGAGGAAGUGGACUCGCGCGGGGAGGGUUAUGAUUUCGACAGCAUCAUGCAUUACGCCAGGAAUACCUUCUCCAGAGGCAUCUUCCUGGACACCAUCCUGCCCCGCUAUGAUGUCAACGGCGUCCGACCUCCCAUUGGCCAGAGAACAAGGCUGAGCAAGGGGGACAUCGCCCAAGCAAGAAAGCUCUACAAGUGCUCAGCUUGCGGCGACAGCCUUCAGAACAGCAGCGGGAACUUCUCCUCCCCUGGCUUCCCCAACGGGUAUUCCGCCUACAUGCAUUGCAUCUGGAGGAUCUCCGUCACCCCUGGAGAGAAGAUCAUUCUGAACUUUACCUCGAUGGACCUCUAUCGGAGCCACCUGUGCUGGUAUGACCAUGUGGAGAUCAGGGAUGGCUUUUGGCGGAAGGCUCCACUGAAAGGACGAUUCUGUGGAGACAAGCUCCCUGGACCCAUCAUCUCGACAGACAGCCAGCUGUGGAUCGAGUUUCGGAGCAGCAGCAACUGGGUGGGAAAGGGAUUCUCCGCAGUGUAUGAAGCGAUCUGCGGCGGAGAGGUGAAGAGAGACAGUGGACAGAUCCAGUCUCCGAACUACCCUGACGACUACCGUCCCAGCAAGGUGUGCGUGUGGAAGGUCUCCGUGUCGGAGGGCUUCCAUGUGGGCCUGACCUUCCAGUCUUUCGAGAUCGAGAGGCACGACAGCUGCGCGUACGACUACCUGGAGAUCCGGGAUGGUAUCUCGGAGAACAGCCCUCUGCUGGGCAGGUUCUGUGGCUACGACAAGCCCGAUGACAUCAAGACCAGCUCGAACCAGCUGUGGAUGAAGUUUGUGUCAGACGGCUCUGUGAACAAAGCGGGCUUCGCCGCAAACUUCUUCAAAGAGGUGGACGAGUGUUCCAGAGCCAGCAACGGGGGCUGCGAGCAGCGCUGUGUCAACACUCUGGGGAGCUACAAGUGUGCCUGUGACCCAGGGUACGAGCUGGCCUCCAACAAGCGCAGCUGCGAGGCUGCCUGCGGAGGAUUCAUCACCAAGCUCAACGGCUCCAUCACCAGUCCAGGCUGGCCGAAGGAGUACCCCCCAAACAAGAACUGCAUCUGGCAGCUGGUCGCGCCCACCCAAUACCGAAUCUCCCUGCAGUUCGACUUCUUUGAGACAGAGGGCAACGACGUGUGCAAGUAUGACUACGUGGAGGUGCGCAGCGGGCUCUCGGCCGACUCCAGGCUCCACGGGAAGUUCUGCGGGGCGGAGAAGCCGGAGGUCAUCACCUCCCAGUACAACAACAUGCGUCUGGAGUUCAAGUCGGACAACACCGUCUCCAAGAAGGGCUUCAAGGCUCACUUCUUCUCAGACAAGGAUGAGUGCUCGAAGGACAACGGGGGCUGUCAGCACGAGUGUGUGAACACCUUCGGCAGCUACUCCUGCCAGUGCCGCAGUGGCUUCAUGCUUCAUGACAACAAGCACGACUGCAAAGAAGCGGGCUGCGAUCACAAAGUCACCAGCUUCUCUGGGAUCAUUACCAGCCCCAACUGGCCAGACAAGUACCCCAGCAAGAAAGAGUGCACCUGGGCUAUCACGAGCACCCCGGGACACCGUGUCAAAAUUGCCUUCAAUGAGGUGGACAUGGAGCCGCACCAGGAGUGUGCGUACGACCACGUCGAGCUGUAUGACGGCCGGGACGCCAAGGCCCCUGUGCUGGGGCGCUUCUGCGGCAGCAAGAAACCCGAGCCGGUCAUCUCCACCACAAACAGGAUGUUCAUCAAGUUCUUUUCAGAUAACUCCGUGCAGAAGAAGGGCUUUGAGGCAUCGCACACGGCAGAGUGUGGUGGGCGAAUGAAAGCCGAGGUGAAGACCAAGGACCUGUACUCACACGCCCAGUUCGGAGAUAACAACUACCCUGGCGCCUCAGACUGCCAGUGGGUGAUCUCGGCUGAGGAGGGCUACGGAGUGGAGCUCAUCUUCCAGACCUUCGAGAUCGAGGAGGAGGCGGACUGCGGCUAUGACUACAUGGAGCUCUUCGACGGCGUUGACAGCAAUGCGUCAAGGCUUGGCCGCUACUGCGGAUCAGGGCCUCCAGAAGAGAUCUACUCCACAGGAGACUCCAUCAUGGUCAAGUUCCACUCGGACGACACCAUCAACAAGAAGGGUUUCCACGUGCGUUUCACCAGCACCAAGUUCCAGGAGACUCUGAACUUGAGGAAGUGACCCUUGGGGGCCGGGCAGGCGGGCGGGAGGGGCAAGGAUGGGUCUCGAAGCAGGGCGGGGCAGCGCCGGGUGCCAGCGAGACGAGGGAUGAGGCGCGUGCCCGCGGCCCGGAAACCUCCAGUCACAAGGCAGAGGAUCAAAACCAACACCAAGAACCAGGGGAAGAGUAAAAAACACACCACGACAGACACGGCCGGGCCACACCCGGACACUGUGAGGAGCAAAGCCAUGCGCUAAUGGAUCUAGUCUUUACAGUAUUAUUAGUUUUCAGUGUUGGGGUGGGCUGGGGGAGGUAGUUCGUCUGUCUGUGGGGGUGGGAUUUCAUCAGAUUUUAUGAUUUUUAUUUCUUUAAACAUGAAGAUCGCUGUGGAUCAAUAAGACACAAGAUGACUGAUUUUGUUUUAUUUUUUUUUCUCGUGGGGAGGGAAGGCUAACAUCCUCAUACUUACUCUCUGGGAGAAAGAUUUGGUAACGCUUGGUAAAUGUAUACAGCUCUGGCCAAAAGCUCUGCAUCACCUAGAAUUUUAGGAUUGAAACAUAAUAAAAAAAAUAAAACUAUA